AUGUAUCCAAAUCAAGAACAGAAACAACAAGAGGUUUACAUCAAUCAGACACUUCCGGCCACUAAUGCUUAUUACACAAAUUCUGUACUAGGACCUUCAAAUCGAGUUGCCGUUCCUGUUUUCAUUCAGCAACCAUGGCGACAGAAUACACAUUGGCAAAAUAAAUGGCCAAUUUGGCCAUCAGUUGUUAUUGCAAUACUUCAAUUAUUGCUUACAAACAGCAUUCUUGCUUGUGAAAUUGGAAUUGUCGUUGCUGCUGGAGUAACUAGUAUUUUUAACGAUCGUGAUGGAAUAACUUAUACAUUUGCCGGUUUCUGGUGCUCAUGUUUUUUUAUUUGUUCGUGGAUAUCAUUAUUCGGUCAUGUUUACUUGUCUGAAGCACUAUUACAAACGCCAGAUACAACAAAAUUAAAAGAUGAACUGUUGGAAGAAUAUCGAACAAGAUACGCUUACAACACAACAGAAUUGAAAAAAAUUGACUAG